AUGGAGAGUGGUGAGGCCUGCUGCGAGGAGGAAGAUCAACUCAUUGAGCAGCUACCGCCUCCUGAGGCAUUGAAGCUUCCUGUCGUAGUCAAAUACUGGCAGGAAGAUGAAGCAGCUGUUGAGUGCUUUAUAAAAGCUCCUCGGUCUAUACUUACUGCUAUAUCCCAAGCAACUGGAGCACAGGUAGAUAUUGAAGCAAGCAACAAGAGAAUUCGAAUUACUAGCAUGGAGAAAUGGCAAGCUGAGAACGCCAUGGAACGACUUUCGAACGUCCACUCAUAUUUAUCUCUAAUGGUGGCUCCUCAAGUUGCGAACAUCCUCCAUGUAGGAGGUGUUACAGAGUUCAGGCUUAGAAUAGUUCCAUACAGGACAUUGAAUGAAGUUGCUAUCAGACGUGUCUUGGUUGAUGGUCCUGAGUCAAAAUUGAUCAACCACCUGCAUACAAUGUCCGUCACCGUUAUGGAGGUUAUUGAUCCAGACUCUCGUGAACUGAAAGUCCCGAAGAACAUUGCUUUCCCACCACGACUUACAGAGCAACGACGAGGACAGGCCAGCAUCUGGGAUGAUUUCAAGUUUCAACAGCUCGGAGAUGCGUCAGUACUUGCAAACUUGCCUCCCGCCCCGCAAGAAGAUCCAGCCACGGCACUGUCUAUGAAAACCGACUGCGAACAAGAAGAUGAACAAAUUGUUGAACACCCUUGGCUCUCGCAUGAGAAAGCAUCCUUUGUAAACAAAUGGGUUACUGAAGGCGUAAAGGCUGGUGCUGUCGGAACAAACGUCUCCGAACCAAACAGUACUCUCCCCCCUGAACCUUCUGUUGAAGUUGUUGAAGCACCCAAGCUUCCUUCGGGACUAAAAAGACGUCAACCUCUACCUCCGGCUAACGUCCAAACUGCACCGAAAAUCCCACAGCCUAUUGUCGAAAAACCCCUUCAGGAGCCCAUUGUCAAGCAACCCAUCAUUAAACAGCACGUUGUCGAGAAAAUAGACCCGAAGCCGGCUGCAACUCCCAUUGAAGCGAGGGCCCCCAAAGCAACUCCGCAACAUCCGGUUAUCCCUCCUCCUAGGAACAUCCUACCAGAGUCAUUCAAUACCUCAGCUUAUGGUCAUCCAAAGAAGUCGCCCCCACGUCGACCAGGAAACGGAGUUCCAUUUAUGUAUCCACGCCCAAGAGAGUAUGGAAAAUCAACAGGGAGAAGAGCACAGACACUUAUCGAUAUAUCGACAGAUGACACUGAGUUUGUGGCUCCCUCUACGCAAUCAAUGCCGUUUUCUCAGAUAUUGGUUCCGUCCAUUCCUCCUCUCCAGCCCAGGCCUGCCUCACCGGCGGUUGGCUCUUCGGCCAUGACGUCUCCUGGGAUUAUGGGAACCUCCCACUCCUCAGAGCUGCCUACUGAAGAGAACACAGAUUCUGCUAAUGGUUUAUUGUCGAACGAAGAAAGACUUCGAAAGUUAAAGCUCUCCACUAAGGUCUCGUCUAGUGCUUUUGAACUUCUUAGGCCCAAAAUUAUCGACGGGGAAGAAGCCACCAGAGUCUUCCAUCGCACUAUGGGGCAAAAAACACCAGCUCCAGCGGCUUCUGUCAAACGUGAAACAAAAGCUGAGCAAAAAGCAAGGAAACAGGCCGCGUAUUUGGAAGCAUGGGGACCUAUCCCAACACCACCUGCAUCUAAACCUGCUCAAGCCCCUGAACCCAGCCAGUGGAGAAAGGAAAAAACUAUCAAGAAGGAAAAUAUUGAUACCAACAAUGUCAAAGAUCUUUUUGGCUGCCUUAAGCCUGUUUUCGAUGCUAUUCAAUAUUUUACUGGUACAUUGUCUGUGGAAAUUCAACUUGGUCUUAUCCUCACCAACUCGGUGUCCAAGCUUCAUACAGGACGAACGCUUGACCUCAAAGCCUGGAAUUCUCUCUUCAGACCACGACAUGGUCUUCCAGGUCUCACCACGGUGUUCAACCAAUUCUUGACAACUUCUGGAACAGAUAUUGAUUAUUUUUUCGAGCUUGGUGCUGAGGAUGAAUCUGAUACCCAGCCUUAUUUCGAAGAGGAACCCACAACUCGUCAAGUUUGCUACGAAUUUCACUGUCAAACGAAGGAUAGUACUGACAUUGUUAUCGUUAUUGAUGAGUCUGGGGCUGUGACCAUCAAUCGCCCUGAAUUCGUCUUAGGAGCGGCAAAUAUUCAUUUUCCUCUGAAUAUUUGGGACCUUCGAGCCACAGUCAAAGGAACUCAAGAAUAUAUUGCGGCAGCUGAAAGUGGAAUUGCGGAGACUGUCAAAUGCAUCGUUGAUAACUUGUAUAUUCCCCCAGACCGGACAAGAGUUAUCCUAUUUACUCGUGUUCCAGAGGACAGUGCACUCAGGAUCACUAAGAUUCUAAUGAAACGAACCACACGCCACAAGUACACUGGGAAGUAUGUACUUGACAACUCCGAACCGUCGGAUUCCAACUGUGAACAGCCUGUGUUCCUCCAGAUAACUGAAGUCCAGAGAUUGAUUUCUGGUAACAACCCUAUGGACAAAAACGCCAUCCGGGUACGGUCUAUCGGUUCCGAGGCCAUGGUUGAAGGAUCUCGACUCUGGUUCGAAGCGUCUAUUGUCAGCCCGGCUAUUGAAGAAGUCCUCGAAGCAAACAAGAACCUCACUAUUGGAGAACGGGUCAAUUCGUGGCGCUCCGAUGACUUGCUUGGUGCCGAAUCCCAUCUUGGAGGCAACAUUACUGAGACGGACCGACCAGAUGAAUUCUUGACAACUGCUGAGCGAACUAUAGGCUCAUCUGGAAUAGGGAGCCUGUUCCGCGUUGCAAGAAAGGUUGUGGAAAAAAUUGACGUUGUUGGUUGGGCCAACUACACACCUACCAAUUUCAUCCAAGACAAAUACCCAUCUCCAUUAGCUUCUGCUGGAGCCGGCCCAUUUGCUUUCUCCCUUGUUGGAGGUGGCAGAGAAUACGAUGAUGAUGCUAGCAGGAGCGUUACCCCGACCCAGGAUGACCUAGGCCCUUACUGGUAA